AUGUCUGUAGCCGCGAACGGCAACGCCUAUGCUCAUGGCUCGGAUGCAUUCAACUUCACUACUUUCAAGCAUUGUAUCAAUGGUAUUCUCACAGACACCAAGCAACACCGUCAUGGAGUCAACCCUACAAACCUUCAAGCCGAACCCGAAGUUCCUGUCGCUACCAAGGAGGACGUAGACAAAGCUGUAGACGCAGCUCGUCAGGCCUACAAGACCUGGUCUAGAGUUCCAUAUGUGGACCGAGUGCGCGCCGUGUUAGCUUAUGCGGAUGCUGUAGCAGAAUGCAAGGAAGAAUUCAUCCGCCUCCUUACGACGGAACAAGGCAAACCAACUUGCCAGGCUACGGCUGAGGUCGAAGCCGCGAUCGAAUGGAUGCGUGGUAUGGCAGAACUGCGUUUUGAUGAGGAGGUUAUCGAAGAGAGCCCAGAGAGGAUAAUUACGACGCGUUAUCUUCCGCUGGGGGUUGUUGCGGCGAUCGUCCCAUGGAACUUCCCUACCCUCCUUGCAACUGCUAAGAUAGCUCCAGCAAUCCUUACCGGCAACACAAUCAUCGUGAAACCAUCACCUUUCACCCCAUAUAGCGGACUCAAGCUCGUUGAGCUAGCUCAACGCUUCUUCCCACCUGGAGUUGUCCAAUCUUUGAGCGGUGACGACGAUCUUGGUCCAUGGUUGACUUCACACCCUGGAAUUGAUAAGAUCAGCUUCACAGGCUCUACCCAUACGGGAAAAUUGGUUGCACAGAGUGCUGCAAAGACCUUGAAAAGAAUCACACUUGAACUUGGAGGCAAUGAUGCAGCAAUUGUUUGUGAAGACGUCGAUAUUGCUAAAGUUGCGCCGAAGAUUGCUACAUUUUGCUUCUUGAACUCAGGCCAAAUUUGUCUCUGCAUGAAACGUGUAUACAUCCAUAAAUCCAUCUAUGCUGAAUUCCGCGAGGCCUUGAUCCAGCACGUCAGAACCCUCCAAGUUGGAGACGGCUUUCACCCAGAAACUUUCUGCGGACCGAUUCAGAAUUCGAUGCAAUACGAUCGAGUCAAAGGCUUUUUUGCCGACAUUGAAGAGGAGGGAUGGUCAGUCGCAAUAGGAGGCAAGGUCGAAAAGUCAGGCGGCUACUACAUUAACCCUACGAUCAUCGACAAUCCUCCCGACGACUCUCGAAUUGUGGUUGAAGAGCCCUUCGGUCCAAUCGUACCUAUUUUGGCUUGGGAAGACGAGCAGGAAGUCAUCGACAGGGCCAACGAGACUCGCAUGGGCCUUGGGGGUUCCGUUUGGUCCAGUGACAUUCACAGAGCAAGCAGAAUCGCACGCCAGCUAGAAUCAGGAACGGUCUGGGUCAACAAUCAUUUUGACCUCUCUCCCAAAGCUCCUUUUGGAGGCUUCAAGGAAAGCGGAAUUGGAGUUGAAUGGGGUGUCAACGGCUUGAAGGGGUUCUGUAACUCGCAGACUUUGAUGGUGAACAAAACGCCAGUCUAG